UACAUAAAAUAAACAACCCACACGUUGACUACCAUAAUAAAUAACUACGAUUAACGUUAUAGUCAGUUAUACAGAGACUCCACUCUGCCUUAACGCUGCUACUAUUCACGAUAGAGUAACAUUAAGUUGCAUUUAAACGAUGAAUAAUCGGUUUUAAAUGUACGAAUACUUGAAUGCACACCCACCUUAUGUCCUUUUACUUUUUGAUUUCUGAAGAGAGAGAAAAAGAGAAUCGUUUAUAUGCUUCAAACUCUGAGUUGAGGCGGUCUUGCAAGCUGUUGUUAGGCUGGUCAAACUGCUGUGUCUUCCUCUCUCUCUCUCUGCCUGUGUGUAGCUGGCGCCACAGCUCAUCUGGCGCCAACGUUGGACUAUCGACGCACUUUAGCGAAAGCAAUCAUUGUCAUUUUCAUACAGCAAGGAGACCACUAUCACCCCCUACAGCCUCGGAGACAGACAGGAGAUUACACAGAAACACUUAAACAGAUACAGCAGCUUGGAGAAAUCUCGCCGCUCUACCACUCGUAGCCAGUCCAGGUCCCAGUCCAGGUCCCAGUCCAGGUCCCAGGACAUGCCCGGUGAAGUCCUCUGUGACUUCUGCACAACAAGGAAGCAGAAGGCUGAGAAGUCCUGCUUGGUGUGCCUGGCAUCUUACUGCGAAACCCACCUGCAGACUCAUUAUGACUACCCUGCCCUGAUGAAGCACAAGCUGGUCAAAGCUACAGGUCAGAUGAGAGAGAAGAUCUGUGCACAGCAUGACAAGUUGCUGGAGGCUUUCUGUCGCACUGAUGAGACAUCUGUGUGUGUUUUAUGCAUGAUGGAUGAACACAAACACCACGACAUUGUUCCGGCUGGAACUGAGAGGACUGAGAAACAAAAACAACUUGGUACUACAUUGAACAAAUCUCAACAAAGGAUUGACCAGAGAGUUAAAAAGUGGCAGGAUCUGCGACAAGCUGUUGAAUCCGUUAAACACUCGGCUCAAACUGCCCAAGAGGAGAAUGAGCGGAUCUUCACUGAGCUUCUGCUUUCCAUCGAGAGGAAGUACAAUGAAGUCAAGGAGAUGAUCCGCUCGCACGAAAAGACCACUUUGACACGGGCUGAGAUACUGCUGGACCGCUUGGAGGAAGAGAUCACUCUGCUAAAGAAGAAACACACUGACCUCGAGAAGCUCUCACACACCGAUGAUCACAUACAUUUUCUGCAGGGCUGGCAGUCUCUGUCAGGCCCCUCAGGAUAUGAGGACCUCAACAACAUCAGUGUUGCCCCCAAUUACUCCUUUGAUGCCACCAAGAGAGCCAUCGCUUCACUGAAAUUACAAGUAGAAGAAGUCAGCAAGAUAGAAAUGAGCAAAAUCUCAGGAGCAGUUAAAGAUGUUUACAUCACGCAAGAAAGUGAAACAAGGACAAGGAGAGACUCAAUUUUGAGGGAACAACCAAAGACAAGAGAAGAACCAAAGACAAGAGAAGAACCAAAGACGAGAGAAGAUUUCCUGAAAUACUCCUGCCAGUUGGUCCUGGAGGUCAACAGCGUCCAUCGCAACCUUCAUCUCACCGAGGGUAACCGAACAGCUACGAUGAAGAAUGAGCCUAAGAACUACCCUGACCACCCAGACCGAUUCGACCACUGGCAGCAGGUCUUGUGCAGAGAGAGCUUGACUGAUCGUUGUUACUGGGAGGUGGACUGGAGUGGGACAGAAAUAGACAUGGCUGUCACCUACAGGGGAAUCAGACGUAAAGGAAACAGCAAUGAAUGCAGCCUGGGCUGGAACGACAAGUCCUGGAGUCUGUACUGCUCUGACUCCAAAUUAUCCUUUGUGCACAAUAAUAAGAGCAAAGAUAUUGCUGCUCCAGUGCCAUCUCGUAUUGGCAUCUACCUGGAUCAUGCAGCAGGAAUACUUGCAUUUUACAGUGUCUCUGAUGGCAUGCAGCUUCUGCACAGAGUCCAGACUGCAUUCACACAGCCCCUCUACCCUGCAUUCAGUGUGUGGGGCUUUGGUACUACUAUCAGAUUGUAAAAUAGUUGCCAUAGUGCAAGUAAUUUACAUCAAAUUUACACAAUAUUCUCAAUAUUGUUGUAACAUUUUGAAACAGGGUGUUUGAUAAUUCCUUUUGUUGCAAUUUUUGCUAAAAGUAAUAAUUUUCUCAUGUAUGAAAAAUGUGUUGUUAAAUGAUCCUGUUAAUCUGUUAGUGUUUUGGGGCAAUCUAGUCUACAAAAUGUUUCAGUUCAAUUGAUUAUUGUGUUUUUAUUCACAAUGCUCCAUAAUGCUUUUCUCUAUUAUG